CACGCACGCUAGAUUCGCUUUAUAUUUAGCGCAGCUACAAUUAUCGGCAUAACAUUGCGAUCUCACAUGAAAAAGUUGCGAUGACUUUUGACAAUUGUGCGCAUCUCGACAAUAAUCACGCGACAAUCGAAAGUUAGGUUAACUUGAAACAUUGGCUGAAUUAUGCAGAAAAUUGGUCAAGGGGAAUAGGGAUCGAUCUCUCGAUCAGCUUAGAUAUAUCGCUAUCCUUCGCGAAUUUGGCGCGAGCGUGACGGAAUACGGAAUAUGCGCGUUCAUACACGUGUAUACGUGGUCGCAUCGUUUCGUCCGUGUCCACGCGAUUGUCGCAUGCGUGCCGCGCGAGCGCGAAUCAUCCAAAGUCGCGUUCGUCGCGGAUCGCUCCGCGGCAACCGCCGCGACUUAUCGAUUCCCAAUCCCGCCUAGGCGUCGCCGGCUGCGGAAGCCCCCGCUAGGCGACUAGGGCGGCUAGGCUAGGGUCUAGCUUCAGCUUAGACCAGCCAGCCAGCCAGCCAGCCAGCCAGUUGUCGUCGUCGUCGUCGUCGUCGUCAUUUGUACCAAGUUGCACGGACGACGGGCAAAUUCGUGAGACGAUUCCUUCUACAUUCUACACCGUCCGCAAGCCGCGAACGUGCCGCGAGCGAUCGCGAGCGAUGAAAUAUGGAAUGCGACGAGAGAAGAUUACACCUCGACGAGAUUACAGUCACACCGUCGGACGAACAAGGAUCUUGCGUCACACGGAUAUACCAUUAUUUUCCCAAGCGGAAAGACCUCGGAACUUCACACAGUCACCUGUAUGUCGAAUUGGAGAUGAUCGUGAAUUAUCGAGAUUUCACGAGGAGCGAACGUGGCUGUGAAAAUAUAAGGUGGAAAUAGAAGGAUUUGCACAAAAUAAGUUCGGCUUUAUCAUUGAUAAUGAAGAGACACAUAAAAAAACGCAAUGCAUCGGUAAUAAAAUGUGAGAAAAAGCGAGGCAAGGCGAAGGCGCCGUCGAGAGACUCCGCAGAAAAAUGAGAAAGGACGAAGACACGGUUAGCUACACGACAUUUAAACGUUGAUCGAUAUCGAGAGCGCGCUGGCAACGUAAACGUAUAAAUAAUAAGAGAUAAAUAAUAGCCACUCUUGACUUCCUCGAGAGGGAGAGCGAGAGCGGGAAUGCUAAACGAGAGCGAGGCGAAGCGCGAGAUUGUCGUCCGGCGCUGCUGCUGGGACACGCGGCACCAGCGGGCGGUGGUGUCACCGGAGCACCGAAGAUUCCGGCGCGUUCACGGCCUGCAGCUGCCGUUGCAUCCUCAGCAGGUUGCCGGUUGGGUGCUGCUGAUAGUCGUGUUCGUCGGUACCUUCACCGUACUGCUGACGACGCCGUCGCCGUCGCCGUCGCCGUCGCCGCCUUCACCUCCGCUGCUGCAGCUGUUGUUGCUGCUGCCCGAUCUGCGCUUCACCCUUACGCUCCUGUUCGCCGCCUUGUUCCUGCUGCACGCGUCGACCCAUCUGACGGUGUUGCUGCUGGACCCGGCCCAUCCAGAGGUUCGAGCUCGACCAGCUCGCGUGGUCGUCCCGGAGUUCGAUCGAACGAAGCAUCGGCACGUCAUCGAGAACGGCCGAUGCCACCUCUGCAACAUAACGACGCGCGGUCGACGCACCAAGCACUGCUCCAUCUGCAACAAGUGCGUGCCGCGUUUCGACCACCACUGCAAGUGGCUCAACAACUGCAUCGGCGCCCGUAACUAUCCGGCAUUCCUGGUGUGCCUGGUGUCGACGCUCGUCGUCGCGCUCGCCGUCACCGCGCUCGCUCUGGCCGAGCUAGUGGUGUUGCUUACCGUCCAAACGGUGCGGGCCGGUACAGGCGGCGACAACGACGACAGCGAUAACGGCAACGGCACGAGGAUGAACGAUGGUACGCCACCGCCACCGCCGUCGCCACCGCCGCUAUUGCCAGUGCCCGGCACCGGCUCGCUCGUCCUCGUCAUCGUCAUCGGCGUCCUCUCGGCCGUCGCCGCGGUUCUACUCAUACACCUCUGUUUCUUUCACGGCUACAUCGCUUGCCUCGGUCUCACCACGUACGAAUACGUGCGCAAUAAACGGGAGAGAGGCCAGAUCACCCAGGCUGCUGCCGACUCCAAAACAACCAACCACCACCCGCACCAUCAUCGCCAGUCUGCCACCGCUGAUGGUCUCUGUGGCAUGUCUUGUUGUACCGCCGCUGCUGCUACUGCUGCUGCUGCUGCUGCUGCCGCCGAUGCCGAUGCCGAUGCCGAUGCCGAUGCCGAUGCCGGCGGACAAGUCGACGUCGAUCGGUCUGUUGUGACGAUACCUGGCGCGCAACGGCGGAGCCUCUAUUCUCGCUUCUGCGGCAACGGACGUCCUUUACUCAACGACAGUACGACGAGCGCAACGAGAGGGACGGAGGCGGCAGCGGCAACGACAACGACGACUACGACAGACGUGUACGUUUGUUCGACGCACGAGGCAACGGCGAAUAGUAAAGACUUGCAACUGCAGGCAAUAGCAUCGCUCAUGCGACCUUCAUACGCACAGAUAAUGUCCGAGAUUGCGGAGUCAUCUGACAAGGAGGCUGUCGCGUCGAAGAAGAGGACGAACGUUUGGGAAGAUUUGGGUUCACCGCGUUAUAUAGUCGCGCCGAUGGUGGACGCGAGCGAAUUGGCAUGGAGAUUGCUCAGUAGACGGCACGGUGCCCAGCUCUGUUACACACCAAUGCUGCACUCCUCUGUCUUCUGCCGGGAUCCCAAAUACAGGCGAGAGGCUCUCGCUAGUACUAGCGAGGAUCGUCCACUGAUUGUACAGUUUUGUGGCAAUGAUCCGGAUAUAUUAUUGGAAGCCGCACACUUGGCUGAACCAUACUGUGAUGCAAUCGAUAUUAAUAUUGGCUGUCCUCAGGCAAUUGCAAAGCGUGGACAUUAUGGAGCUUUUUUACAAGAUGACUGGGAUUUGUUAAAAAAAAUUGUAUCGACUUUAAAGAAUGGAUUACGCAUACCUGUUACUUGCAAAUUACGGGUGUUCUCGGAAAUCGAGCGUACCGUAGAAUAUGCUUGUAUGCUGGAAGACGCAGGUGCCAGUUUACUUACUGUCCAUGGACGUACGAGAGAGCAAAAGGGCCCAUUGACUGGACUAGCAUCUUGGAAACACAUUAAAGCCGUAAGAGAUGCCGUGAAAAUUCCUGUGAUCGCUAAUGGUAACAUACAAUGUGUGCAAGACUUGGAGCGAUGCAUCGAGGAAAUCCAAGUACACGGUGUGAUGUCAGCGGAAGGGAAUCUUUAUAAUCCAUACAUAUUUGAAUCUUGUUAUCCCGCUUGUUGGGAACCCGCUUUGGAAUAUCUGGAACUUGUAGAGCAAUAUCCGGUACCGGCUUCGUAUAUCCGCGGUCACUUGUUUAAACUCUUCCAUCACGUACUUUGUUUAGCAGAAAAUCAAGAGGAAAGGGAAAGCUUGGCCACCAACUCCACUAUGGAAGCUUUCAAAAGUGUCACAUAUGCCUUGAGGGAUCGCUAUUUGUCAUAUCAUGAAGGACGUUUGAUUUGGCAAACGGGAAAGACAGAUUAUAAUUUGGAAUUACCACCGUGGUUGUGCCAACCUUACGUACGAGAACCACCACAAGAAUACACACAAAAAUUACAGGAAGGUGUAUCUCGGAAACGUGAAUACAGGGACGAGGAAGGAAACGAAAUAUCGCGAAAACGUUCAAAAAAGCUUAAGCGGAUAGCGCGUAGACCAAACAAAGCAACUUUGAUUCCUAAGAGAAGUUCAGAUCGAUGUCAUGCCUGUCCGAAUCCUCUGGGUUUUAAAUGUGAAUACAAGUUAUGUCGACAAUGCUGUAGAAAUAAGUGUUAUAUAGAAAAUUUAGACUGUGCUGGUCACAGAAAUCUAACCAAGACUAGAAGACAGAUGGCGAAAGAAUUCGAGGCAAAGCGUCAGGGAGUUGAAAAUAACAUAACGCUCUGUAUUAUAUUUUAA